AUGGCCGAGGCGUAUUUCCCUGUGGGCCCGGGGCUGGGCAUGGAGGAGAAUUUCCUCUCUCUGGACGAUAUCCUGAUGUCGCAGGAGAAGCUGCCGGGGCGCGCCGAGAGCGUGCUGCCGCGCCUGGCCGUGUUGCUGGGGCAGGGUGCCGGCAGCGCCGAGUCCAUCCCGGAGGGAUCAAAGCUGGAAAUCCCCCUGUGGCUUGCUAAAGGGCUGUAUGACAGCAAAAGGAGAAUCAUCUCUGUGGAACUGCCAAAGAUUUACAGGGAAGCCUGGAGGACCGUGUUCAGUGCUGAUGCCAAUGUGGUUGAUCUGCAUAAAAUGGGGCCCUACUACUACGGAUUUGGCUCACAGCUCUUGAAUUUUGAGAAUCCAGAGAAUCCUGAGAUAGCUCAGACUAUCCUGCAGACGUUCAUUGCUCGUUUCCGCCGCAUCAUGGACUCCUCUCAGAACGCCUACAACGAGGACACGUCUGCACUGGUGGCUCACCUGGAUGAGCUGGAACGGGCUCUCUUUCAAGUGGGCCAGAAAGGGCUGAAUGACUUCCAGUCCUGGGAAAAGGGACAGGCUUCUCUAAUCACAGCUUCCAGUCUGGUGCAGAACUACGGGAAGAGAAAGCUCGCAGAAGUGGAUGGUUAAAAACCUGAAGAGCACGAAGUUACCGUGAGGGACGCAGAUUUACAGCCUGUUGUAGAAGAGGAAAAUGAAUCAAUUUAGGGAAGGACAGGCUCCCUGUCCAUUAAUGGGAGUUCUCUGUAACAGGUUUGCAUAAGAUCAGUGAAAAUUUUAAAGGCAGAGGGUAAGGGUAUAAAAACUAGAUCACAUCACUUAGCAGCCUUACAGCUUCCUUGUAGCACUCCUGAGGAGUUGCAUCUGAAGUGUUUGCUAGGUGGCUGAGAGGUUAUGAGAGGAUUUUCUAAAAGGGUAAUAAAUACUAAUUAUUGCUCUAAAUUGCUAUGUACAGUACCAGAUCUGGAAAGAAGUGUAAUUCAUGUAUUUUAUCUUGUCCUUCCCAUCCCAACCUCCUGGAAACAGCUGUUGAUUCUAUGAACAGCUGUUUCCAGGUUCUCUGUUCUUUAGAGAGACCCAGUGAUGUGGAAAAAAUGCGAUACAGCAAUAAUUUUUUUUCAUUUCUUAUACACUGAGGUGGAACAGGUGCUCUUUGUGAGGCAGGAAUGUUUUUCUUUGCUGGGUCUUGUACACAGUGCCAGUGCCCUGGAGAGAAAUACCUGCUCAAACCCACACAGCAGGUGGCUGCACAGGUCUCAUGCUGCUUUGUCCUCUCUCCCCCUUUUUGGCCCUUGUGACCUUGGUGCUGUGCAGUAAAAAGUGUUCUUGUUUGAUGCCUGUGGCUUUUGUGCUGGAUGUGUUCUACAGAGGAGGAAACAGAAGGCAGCAGAGGGUAAAGUCUGGACCAGAUCAAAAGCAGAAACUUUAAUGGAAACUCUACUCCAUUAUCAACCUUUGAACUAUUUGUUUCUCCAUGAGAAUUCUUCUGAUUUCUAAAUUUAGUGAGUAGAAGGGACAGAGCAAAUGAACGAAGUUUCCUUCCUUCUGAUCCGUCCAAAUGAAUCUAGGAAUAUGAUCCUGGUAAAUGUCAUCCUUGCUGGUAGGAGUGACGGGAUUUGGGACUUGCUAAACAGCACAGUGGUUAUCAUCCCAUGUGGAUGCCCUUAAACCUAAAUCAUUUCAAGUGCCGUUGGACUGGAGACAGAGGACAUGGUUAUCUCUGUAGUUCUGCAGUCAUCAGGGUGGUUGUCCUUUAGGAGCAGUAUUAGACAUCUUACAGGUGCCUCUGUAGAAGGAGAACCUUCAGGAGAACGGGAGCAGAGGAGCUGCAUCCUGAUGCUGCUGAGCACUUCCACUUCUGUGGGAAUCCUUGGGAGGUGACAGCAAGAUCCAAGUCUCGGAGGAGCUGCUACUGGAUUUGCAGAUUCACCUGGAUAUGGGAUGCUUCAAACAAGACCUCGAGCACAAAGGGCCAUUCCGUGGCCAGAGAUGUUCAAGCUCAGCCUGUGGAGGUGGUGAGAGGGGACAGUUGGGACAAUUUUAUGCCUUCACAACUGUCUUGGUGCCUCCCCCUCAGCUGCACAGGGCCAGCUGUCCUGCCACAGGAGACUAGUUGGAAGCUUGCCUGACUAAGUAUUUUAAGUAUGUGCAGGAUGAAAUGCUGCUGAAUUUAAUGACUUAAUGACACAUAAUGGCUUAUGCAUUUGUCAGUUGUCCAUUUCUGGAUUUUUAUCCUGAAUAAAUGUUCUGUA